AUGUGGUCUAGAUAUUAUUAUUUUUUUUAAAUAUAAGCAUUUAGUAUAUAAUAAAUCAAUACAACAGUGAUACUUGUAUAUUAUAAAAUGAAGGAUAAAACUAAUAUUUUAGAACUAUUUGCUUGUGCAAAAAAUAGGGAAACUUACCUUAAAGUUUGUGCCCCAAUGGUUAGGUAUAGUAAAGUGCAAUUUAGAAACCUCGUAAAAAUGUACGACGUCGAUUUAACUUUUACCCCAAUGAUUUUGGCAAACUCUUUUUGUCAAAAUUCAAAGGCAAGAUCUAAUGAAUUUGUAACUACAUUUGAUGAUACUCCAUUGAUAGUGCAAUUUGCGGCCAAUAAUGUCAACGAUUUCGUAGAUGCUUCUAAAUUAGUUUAUCAAUAUGCAGAUGGUGUUGAUUUGAACUGUGGUUGUCCUCAAAGAUGGGCUAUAAAAGAUGGAUAUGGCAGUUCAUUACUAUCUAAGCCGGAAAUAAUUCACGACCUAGUAAGAUGUGUCAAGAAUAGUCUUCCACAUGACUUUACCGUUUCUGUUAAAAUUAGGAUAAUGAGUGAAUUAAAAAAAACAAUAACGAUGUGCCAACAAAUGGAGAAAUGUGGAGUAGAUUUUCUCACUGUUCAUGGUCGGACUCCCACUCAGAAAAACAGUGAGCCUAUUCAUGUAGAGUCUAUGAAAACUGUUUUGAGCACCCUUAGCAUACCAAUAAUAGCUAAUGGUGGAGUUAAAACAUUGGAUGAAGCUGAACAAUUGUACGAAGUUCUUAAAUGUGAUGGAGUUAUGUCGGCUAGUGGUAUCCUUAGUAAUCCGGCAAUGUUUAGUGGAGAAACAAUUACUCCCAUGAGUUGCAUAAGGGCUUGGAUGAAUUUGAAGAAUAUAAGUGGGGAUAGAAUAAGCUUUCAAUGUUACCAUCAUCAUUUAGUUUUUAUGCUAGAAAAAUUACUAAGCAAAAAACAAAAACAAGUUUUUAACUACCUCAGUACUUUCAAGGAUGUUGAUGAUUAUAUAUUGACUCAUAUACUUGAUAGUGAUAUUAUAGAAAAUAAACAUGCAAUUGGUAACUUUAUCUCUUGUGAUUUUGAUGAGAGUAUCACAAGUAAGCAUGGAAAGAAAUGUAGGGGUUGUGGGAUGAGUGUAUGUUAUUGUUCAUGUAUUAAUAAUUAUGACUAUGAAUCUAGGGAUGGUAAUUUUUUUAGUUCUUAUGUUAAUACAAAUGAUGAUGUGGACUAUAUGGAUAGUAAUAUAUUUGAAGAAAAAAUAUUAUAGCUAUUUAACAUGUUGUAUACUUUUUAUUUUAUUUUUACCUUCCUUCAUAUAAUUUUGGUAAUGUACAUAUGUAACCUAUAGAAACACAUUCAACACUUCUGACAAUGAAGAAACUGUCCACCAACAAGCGCAUCCUCAGAUUAUG